AUGUCGUUCAUCAGAAGAUUCACCAGGUUAACCACGCCCGUUCUUGCCUUUGGCGCUGGUCUUGCAUUGUUCCCAGCCGAGUGGCGCCAGUCCAAAUUGCAGCCUCCAAAACUUACGCAUUUCAACGAAGACGCAUUGGAUAAGAUCCUGAAAUCUGAUCUCUUCAACAAGCUCAAGAAUGAUUCCAACUACAGAAUGUACUACAGCAGUCAGAGUUUCCCACAACAGCAUCACAAGAACUUUGUCAGCCGAGGAAUGCUCUUUGGGCCAGAUCUUUUUGAGGUUGACCCAGUGGUGUUCUUGAACGAGUCAGACGGUGAAUUAACCGCUUUUUACCAUUUGGGUAAGGAACUUGUCAGUGGAGACGGGCUGCUUCACAAUGGCAUAACGUCGACGAUUUUAGACGAAGGGCUUUGUGCAUGUGGCUUUUCCAAACUUCCUUCGAAAAGAGGCGUUACGGCAAACCUCACUAUAGACUUCAAGAACCAGGCCCAGCCACAAAGCACUGUGGUUUUGCGUGCCAAGGUGGACGAGUCCAAGGGAAGGAAGGUUGUCAUUAGUGGUACUCUUCUGACGUUUCCAACGAGACGUGGCGAGUUACCUAUGGAGAUUGCUUCUGCCAAGUGUAUUCUUGUAGAACCCAAGUGGUUCAAGUACUUGAGAUGGCUCCAAGUUUAG